AUGAACACCUCUCGAAACACGCCCAGCCUUCUGGAUUUAGCUAAAGCAACGAACGAAGUCCUCUCUGUUGAUUCAGAUUCGGCUUCUGAUGCAGAUUCAGACCUCGAUUUUGGUGCUAUGGAUUCUUUGGACCUAAGUGACAAUGAAGAUCUUAUGGUGAUCGCGAUUGAUUUCGGGACUACAUAUUCGGGUGUUGCUUGGGCAACAUUGUACGAUUUCAAACGCAAGAACAUCAACCUGAUCACCGAGUGGCCAGAAUGCCCUCAGGAAGAAGGCAAAGUUCCGACGGAGUUGUUCUACGAAUACGGCGAUAAACACUGGGGAUAUGGAAUCCCCGGAGAUGCAGACCCAAUCGGCUGGUUUAAAUUACUUCUUUUGAAAGACGAAGAUGUCCCAGAGCAUAUUCGCUCCUCUGACUUCUUUCUUCGCGCGAAGAGAAAAGUUCGAGACGAGGGCCUAACUGCCCAGGAUAUGGUGGCGGACUAUCUGAAGCUUCUGUGGGAUCAUGCUCUUGAAAUGAUUUUGAAGUCUCGAGGAGAACAUGUUGUCAAUAAUUUCAGAUUUCAUAUCGUCAUCACUGUCCCGGCGAUAUGGAAAGGAUACGCACGACAGAGCAUGCAGGAGGCUGCUGAGAAGGCCGGUCUCUUGGUUGAACGGGAUGCAGGCAAAACCCGGCUGACGUUCGUGCCUGAACCUGAAGCUGCUGCGUUGGCUACUCUUGCUGAGGAGGAAAAUGAUGCUAAGCCUGGGGAUGUCUACCUGAUUUGUGAUGCUGGUGGCGGAACAGUAGACUUGAUCAGUUAUAAGAUAUCGGAGAUAAACCCAAUCACGCUGGACGAGGCUGUCGAGGGAACGGGCGGCCUAUGCGGCGGGAUCUUUAUUGACAACGGGUUUGAGCGAAUCGUAAAGGCAAGACUAGGACGACGCUGGGAGCAAAUCAGCCAAAAUGGUAUCAAGGAGAUUCUGAGAGGCGAAUGGGAACGGGGUAUCAAACGUGCAUACAAGCCCCAAAAUGCUGAGAAAGAGUACGCCAUCAGCAUCCCUGCAGAAGCAUUUGCACAGACCGGUCUUGAUGACACGUCUCGCGAACCGCAUAUCAAGAAAGGCCGCAUCCAUUUCAAGGGAUUCCAUCUCCAGGAAGCGUUUGCUGAAGCCUUUGCUGGUAUUGAUAAACUGGUCGAUGAACAACUCACGAAAGCCAAGAGCAAAGACUUGAAAAUCAAGAGUAUCGUCCUCGUUGGUGGCCUAGGGUCAAGCCCAUACCUCUACCAGCACAUGAAAGACCGCCAUGCAGCAGCAGGAGUCACCGUUCUUCAAGCCGGAGGCAUGAAGCCGCGUACAGCAAUAUGCCGUGGCGCAAUAUAUAGAGGCUUCCUUGAUGCCGAGAGUCUCAGCAACGAGGGCAACGAUGGCAACGAACAAGGGAUGAAGGGCCUCAAUGUCAAGUCACCUAUCAGUGUUGCUUCCACCAUCUCCCGCAUGAGCCUGGGAACUACAUCAUAUCAUAAGUACGAUCCGUUGAAACAUAGUACAGAUGAACUGGAAUGGCUUUCCGACGAAGGCGAGUACGUCGCUACCAAGCAGAUGGAAUGGGAGAUAACGUGUCCAAAGCCCAGCCGCAGCGAUCCGCCCCGUCGGCUGGAUGAGACCGUACAGGAAUUGUGUUCAGUCAAGUGCACCUGCAAAAUCCCGCUUGACAGUCCCCUUCUCAAGGAUCAUACCAGUGCGGAUAAGAGAAAGACUACGAAGAAGCUGGAUUAUGUUUUGGAGAUGGUUCCUUCGGGGGCGGCCAUGGAAUUCAACUUCUACAUCGCUGACCAGAAGCAGGGAUCCCAGAAUGUCGACAUUGAAUAUCAGUAG